CCGGGGCCAUAAAGGAACUCACGCGAGAGGAGAGUGGUCCAUCUCUUGUUAGUGUUGUCAGAGAUCUUGCGUAGACAUUCGUGACGUCAUAACCGCUGUCAACGUGCCAUUGGUUACGAGUUACGACGCUGCUGAACGCGAAAGACUACGGCACAAUGAUUGGGAUAGAAUCUAUGUCAAGAUAUGUUUCACCAGUUAAUCCAGCAAUAUAUCCUCAUCUCACCCUUGUGUUGAUGACCAUAGGAGUAUUCUUCACAGCAUGGUUUUUCGUGUAUGAGGUCACAUCAACAAAAUUAACUCGUGAUUUCUUUAAGGAGUGUUUGAUAGCUUUAGUUGCAUCGGUUUUUAUGGGAUUUGGUAUUCUCUUCUUGCUGCUGUGGGUUGGAAUCUAUGUAUGAUGAAUAAGCAUCAGUUCAAGACCACUUUAGUUCAUUACUUCAUUCCAUCACAUUUGUAUUGUAUUUUGAAAUAUAAAACAUGAUAUUGAA